AUGUCACUUGCUCCUCAACAACCUGCUGAAAUUAAGAAAAAGCCAGUAUCGUUUUCCAACAUUCUGUUGGGUUCGGCCCUGAAUAUGUGCGAGGUGACCACGCUGGGCCAGCCCCUUGAGGUCACCAAGACCACGAUGGCUGCAAAUCGUAAUUUGAACUUUCUACAAUCCGUUAAACAUAUCUGGGCUCGCGGUGGUGUAUUCGGUUUCUACCAGGGUUUAAUUCCAUGGGCAUGGAUUGAGGCCUCCACUAAGGGUGCUGCUCUUUUGUUUGUCGCCGCAGAAGCUGAAUACCAGUUCAAGAGAUUAGGUUUGGGAAAUUUUGGAGCUGGUAUCAUGGGUGGUGUUUCUGGGGGUGUUGCUCAAGCUUACUUAACUAUGGGUUUCUGUACAUGUAUGAAGACAGUUGAGAUCACCAAGGCCAAGUCUGCUGUCGCUGGCGCAAUUCCACAAUCUUCGUGGUCAGCCUUCAAGGACAUAUACAAAAGAGAAGGUAUCAGAGGUAUCAACAAGGGUGUUAACGCCGUGGCUAUCAGACAGAUGACCAACUGGGGUUCGCGUUUCGGGUUCUCCAGAUUGGUGGAAGAAGGAAUCAGAAAAAUGACAGGCAAGACUAACCCUGAGGACAAGCUUACUGCAGUUGAAAAAAUCUGCGCUUCCGCCAUCGGUGGUGGUUUGAGUGCCUGGAAUCAGCCAAUCGAGGUUAUCAGAGUUGAAAUGCAGUCUAAGAAGGACGACCCAAACAGACCAAAAAAGUUGGGUGUUGUCUCCGCCUUUAAGUAUAUCUACCAAAGCAGUGGUCUAAAGGGUCUAUACCGUGGUGUCUCACCAAGAAUCGGGUUGGGUGUAUGGCAAACUGUCUUUAUGGUCGGUUUUGGUGACAUGGCCAGAGAGUUUGUAGGUAAGCUCACUGGCGAGACCCCGGCUGCCAAGCAUUAA